GUCAUUGGCUGCCUAUUAGAAAAACUACAGGACAAUGCAUACCACCGAUGCCGACUGUAAACAUAGGGGAUAUGUGUUCACUUAGCAUGGACUUCUGGGAGGGGCUAAGGAAGGGCGGUCUGGAGUUUUAUUGAAUAGAGCAGUGUGUAUUAGGCUGCCUGCCUGCCUGCACUCUUGCUGUGCUUCUGCUUAAAGAAAUCAGUCCUUGCUUUCUGACUUAGUCCCUGGGAAGAAGUUUCAGCCUGAGAGAUCCAGAUAUUAUCUGGUCUCCCUAAAUCUGAACCCAUACCAUGGACGAUUUUGAACGUCGCAGAGAACUUAGGAGGCAAAAGCGGGAAGAGAUGCGUCUGGAAGCAGAAAGAAUCGCCUACCAGCGGAACGACGAUGAUGAGGAAGAGGCCGCCCGGGAACGGCGCCGCCGUGCCCGGCAGGAAAGGCUGCGGCAGAAGCAAGAGGAAGAAUCCUUGGGACAGGUGACUGACCAAGUGGAGGUCAAUACCCAGAACAGUGUGCCCGACGAGGAGGUCAAGACGACCACCACAGACACUCAGGUGGAGGCCGACGAUGAGGCUGCACUCCUGGAGCGCCUGGCCCGGCGGGAGGAAAGACGCCAGAAACGCCUCCAGGAAGCACUGGAGCGCCAAAAGGAUUCUGACCCAACAAUAGCAGAUGCAAGUUUGUUGCUACCCAGCAGAAGAAUGCAAAACAACACAGCAGAAAAUGAAAUGGCAGAGAAGGAAGAAAAAAGCGAAAGUCGCCGGGAAAGAUACGAGAUAGAGGAAACAGAAAUAGUCACCAAGUCCCACCAGAAGAAUGAUUGGAUGGAUGCUGAAGAGAAAAAGGAAGAAGAAAAAGAAAAGGAGGAAGAAGAAGAGGAAGAGGAGAAGCCAAAGCAAGGGAGCAUUGAAGAAAAUCAGGUAGAGGUGGUGGCAGAAGAGAAAGCAGCAGAAACCCAGGAGGAAACAGUAAUGUCAUUGAAAAAUGGGCAGAUCGGUACAGAUGAGCCUAAGACAGAAGAGGAGAGGGAAAAAGGCUCACAUGAGAUUCCCCAUAAUGAAAAGAUGGAACAGGAAGCAAGGGAAAGAGCUGAGGCAGAAAGGGCCAGGUUGGAAGCAGAAGAAAGAGAGAGAAUUAAAGUCGAGCAAGAACAAAAAAUAGCAGAGGAGAAAGCGAGAAAGGAAGCAGAAGAAAAAGCAGCUGCACAAGAGAGAGAAAGACAGGAGGCAAAGGAGAGGGAAAGGAUUAAGGAGGAGGAGAGAAGGGCAGCAGAGGAGAGGCAGAGGGCAAAGGCAGAGGAAGAAGAGAGAGCUAAGAUAGAAGAGCAAAAACGUAAGAAGCAACUAGAAGAGAAAAAAAGGGAAAUGCAAGAGAAAAAGAUAAAAGGGGAAAAGGUAGAGGAGAAAACAGAAGGGAAGUGGGUCAAUGAAAAGAAAGUACAAGAAGAUAAACUUCAGACAGCUGUCCAAAAGAAACAGGAAGAAGAAAGGGGGGCUAAAAUGCAAGCUAAAAGAGGAAAGUCCCAAGAAGACAAGCCUACCUUCAAAAAAGAAGAGAUCAAAGAUGAGAAGACUAAAAGGGACAAAGAAAGCAAAGAAGUUAAGAGCUUCUUGGAUGGAAAGAAGGGAUUUACAGAAAUGAAGUCGCAGAAUGGAGAAUUCAUGACCCACAAACUUAAACACACUGAGAAUACUUUCAGCCGCCCUGGAGGGAGGGCCAGCGAGGCCAAGGAGGCUGAAGGUGCUUCCCAAGUGGAAGCCGGCAAGCGGCUGGAGGAGCUGCGCCGCCGCCGCGGGGAAACUGAAAGCGAGGAGUUCGAGAAGCUCAAGCAGAAGCAGCAGGAGGCGGCCUUGGAGCUGGAGGAGCUGAAGAAGAAGAGGGAGGAGCGAAGGAAGGUCCUGGAGGAGGAGGGGCAGAGGAGGAAGCAGGAGGAAGCCGAGCGGAGAGUCAGAGAGGAGGAAGAGAAGAGGAGGCUAAAGGAAGAGAUUGAAAGGCGAAGGGCAGAAGCUGCUGAGAAACGCCAAAAGAUGCCAGAAGAUGGCUUAUCAGAUGACAAGAAGCCCUUCAAGUGUUUCACUCCUAAAGGUUCAUCUCUCAAGAUAGAAGAGCGAGCAGAAUUUUUGAAUAAAUCUGUGCAGAAAAGCAGUGGUGUUAAAUCAACUCAUCAAGCAGCAGUAGUCUCCAAGAUUGACAGCAGACUGGAGCAAUACACCAGUGCAAUUGAGGGAACAAAAACUGCAAAACCUACGAAGCCAGCAGCCUCGGACCUUCCUGUUCCUGCCGAAGGUGUCCGCAACAUCAAGAGCAUGUGGGAGAAAGGCAAUGUGUUCUCAUCACCCACUGCAUCAGGCACGCCAAAUAAGGAAACAGCUGGCUUAAAGGUGGGGGUCUCCAGCCGCAUCAAUGAAUGGCUUACCAAAACCCCAGAUGGAAACAAGUCACCUGCUCCCAAACCUUCUGAUUUGAGGCCAGGAGACGUAUCUGGCAAGCGGAACCUCUGGGAAAAGCAAUCUGUGGACAAGGUCACUUCCCCCACUAAGCAGGUCUGAGACAGUUCAAGAAAGAACCCAAAGUAGCCGCUCAAGAUGCCGGACCAGCUCAGUUGAAGAGGGCUCAUUUGCUCUGUGUUAUAUUUAUGUUGAUUUACUAAAUUGGGUUCAUUUUCUUUUGUUUUGUUUUUCAUUAUCCCAGUAAACCCAUGUAUAUUAUCACUAUAUUUAAUAAUCACGGUCUAGAGAUGUUCAUGGUAAAAGUAUUGCCUUUGCACAGGAGCCUGUUUCUAAAGAAACCCAUGCUGUGAAAUAGAGACUUUUCUACUGAUCAUCAUAACUCUGUGUCUGAACAGUGAUAGUAACCACAUCGGAAGUCAACAAAAGGAGAUUCAAGUUGAAAAUUGCCUGAGGAAUGUGUGCAGUAUCCAGAAAAAUGAACCAUAGUGUUUUUUUUGUUUUUUUGUUUUUUAAAUACAGAAAUCAUGUUGUUUCUGCACUUUAGAAUAAAGCAUGGAAGAAAUUAUCUUAGUAGGCAAUUAUAACACUUUGUGAAAGUCACCCACUUCAGAUUUUAGAUACUACAAUAAUGAUUGUCUUUAAAAAAAAAAAAGAUGUACUGUUAAGGUAUUACUUUUUUCAUGCUGAUGAAUAUCUAAAUUGGAUUUUGAUGUUAGCUGACAGUGGUACUGAUUUCUUUAGGUUGGUUGCUUUGUGGAUUUCUUUGGUAGUGAUAGUGAACCACAUUUUAGAUGACGUGAUCAUGUAUGUAUGUGCAUACACAUAUACAAACACACUAAUGGUAGAAAGCUUUUUUAUGUGCUAGGCUAUUAUAUUUAGCAGUAUGUCCCUGUAACUAGCCAAUAUCACUGCUUUUUAAAAAUUAAAAAUCACAAUAUUAUAUUAAUAUUUGCCAAUAGAAACAUGGCAGAAUAGGUAUCGAUAUGUUUCCAAUGCCCAAUAACCUAUAAGAAAGAGAUUAGAAAUGUCAAAAUGAAUUGACAUUUUCUAUAAAGCAUAGUAUUUAGUUUAUAAUUAAAAGCAGUCUUGAAGUCCAGUGUGAAUUGUACUAAAUCUCAAAGCUUGCUCCAAACUUCAUUCUUAAGAAUCAAGUUCACAAUCGGUUGGCUUAGAUGAUGUCUGAGGUCUCUUCCUUCUCUAAAAUUUAAACACGAGAAUUUUAGUGACAAAGUUGUACAGAUUGGAAUUCCAUGAAUAGGUGUACUACGACCAACUUUGGGUAAUCUCUGGAAGCAGAAAAGUAAGCAAAAGCCAAUAUUUAGGAGUCAUGACAGUACUUCCAUCUUUAACUUACCGAAACAUCUUUUUAGUUUACUUUUCUACCUUUAUUAGUCAUUGGCACUUGCCAUAAGUUGAUAAUGUGUUGAACUUUCAAAAAAUAUAUGUAAUUUUUAUUAGUUUUACCUUUUUCCCUAAGAGUCUAUCAACUCGUCAUUUGUACACACCCAAUCCAGGUAUCAGAUCUUAUUUUAGCUAAUAAGCGUUCAUCUAUUCUUCACAAUAGAUGAUAAAAGAGUACUCCAGUGUCUUGGCAAUAUGUUCUAGCAUAGAGAUAUACAUAUAGUGUAGUUCUAUAAACGUAUACCUCAUGACUUACCAAAAUUGUCUUAGUCUCAAUUCCUACACAACGAGGGAGCCUCCCAAAUGACUCUUUUCUAAUCCACAGUGUUCCCCUGGGAGAGCUAGCCAGGGUAGGGCUGGCAUGAGGAGUGACCAGUGCCUUCCAAAGUCCAUUUUCCUCAUAAAUCAGUAGAGUUGUUGAAUCCUCUAGCUUUUAGCACAUCUGGGCCAAAGAAAGUAAAGCCAGCAAUAUUGCAUAAGUCACCCAUCCAUGACAGAGUAGACAUGAGUCUAUGAUAAGAUGAACUAGAAUUUACAUGCAGUGCCUGAGUUGGCAUUGCCUGCCAGCAUUCGAGUGAAAUGGAUCAAAGUUUGAAUUAAGUCCUAUGGCAAGAUAACAUUUCUUUGUUGUACUUUUGAAUAAGAGCCUCUCCUGAUCACUAUUAUAUGUUUUUUUCUAGAAAGUCUAAAUUUAAGAAGAGAAUAUAUCGAUCGAUCCUGACUUUUAUUCCAAUAUUUGGAUGGAAUAAGUUUUAGGGUAGAAUUUUGUUCAGUUUGGAUUUAAUUUCUUGAAAAAUUCCUUGUUUACUUGUUUGAUUACAAUUCUCUCUGUUAUCUUUUUAAGAAGUAAAACUUCAAGGUGACUAGCAUGUUCUGUGAAUCUGCCAUUCCUAAAAAUUUUAUAAACACGAUAUUUUUCACUGAUAAUUGAUCGCUGCAAUAAAUAUAUAUUGUGAAAAUGCAUCCACAAUAAAUGGAAUUCCUCCAAA